CUGCUGCUGUCGUCAGACGCCGGGGGCGCGGGCCGAGCACCGCGGGGCUGCGGCUCCUCUGAGAAGCGUUAGGUCGGGACGCGGGGUUCUGGGGCGGUGCUGGGGGCGGCAGUGCGCCGCUCACACUCAUGAGGAGCCGGAAGCUCACAGGUGCAGUGCGGUCUUCAGCGCGCCUGCGAGCCCGCCGUUGCUCAGCCAGGUUGGCCUCUGCUCGGGAAGCCAGCACCGCUGCGUCUGCCAGGACAGUGUGUCAGACGUCACACAAAGCUGCCGACAGACGAACGUCCAAGAAGUUCAAAUGUGACAAAGGUCACCUGGUGAAAUCAGAAUUACAGAAACUAGCCCCUCAGAGUGACCGUGUUGCUGUGCCCAGAAUACCACCCGAGAGCCCUGGUAACAGUGAGCCUCUGGGGUUUGCCAAAGAGCACGCGCUGCCCCCAGGAAAGGGGGCUGGAGCUCCUGCACAGCCAGAGGCCGCGGGGUGCCCCCUCAGGCACGCCACAGCUGUGGGUGACAUUUGCCCAGCAGAGACGGAGGACAGCCUGGCCCUGCCAGCACACACACCUCUGGCUGGGGAGGAGCCUCACAGCAGCCGCUCAGCACAGGGUGGGUCCACACUGCACACCGAGCAGGCCACAAGACCUCUGCUGCAGACGGAUGACAGCAUCUUUCUGGAUGAGGACAGCAACCAGCCAAUGCCCGUGGGCCGGUUCUUCGGGAAUGUGGAGCUCAUGCAGGACCUUCCACCAGCUUCUUCGUCUUGUCCUUCAAUGAGCAGACGAGAAUUCAGGAAAAUGCAUUUCAGAGCCAAAGAUGAUGAAGACGAUGAUGAUGGUGCAGAAAUGUAGAGAAUAAAGUAUACACAGUGAUUUCCUUGCAUAUUUAAUACAGUUAAUAGUUGGACAGUUUAGCAAGUGAUGAGAUGUAUAUCAAGUUUAUCUCCCAAGAAACCAUAUUCUUAACCAAAUGUUGAAGCUGACCCGUAAAAGUCCUCAUGCAGAACAAGUACCUGGAGCGCUUACACUUGUCAUCCAGAACCAUCUCUGAGACUGCACAGCCACUGCUCCCACACCCAUGCAUUUUCUUGUGUUUGUGUGUAAAUGACAUAGUUUGGGUCCCCCGGGGGGCUCGGGACUCAGUGGGAGAGAUCUUUCUAAAGAAACUCCCCACUAAACUCUAGUUUUGAUAAUACAUGAGUUUAUUUUCCAUUAUCUAAAUUUGAUCAUUCUUGUGAUUGAGUCAAUGCCAGUUCUUAAAGAACUCUCCUUUAUCUCUGUAUAUGAAGCUAAUGUUUACCCUGGAAAUUUUGCAAAAUGCAUAUGAGAAAGAAAUAAAAUAUAUUUUGAAAAUA